AUGAUCGAAAUUCACUACCCAAAAGUUGAUGAUCAGUAUACAAGAUUAUUGAAUUAUAUGAUAACAAUGAAGUAUGAAAUACGUUCAAUUCAUGAAAAAUUAGACAUACUUAUUCAAAACAGUGAAGACAAUUUUAUGACAAAGACUAAAGACUCUGGUGUUUUUGAUACAUUCAUUAUAGAUGAUAGAUUACCAAUCGAAAAUGAAGAAAAGCUUGAAACAUUUGAAAGUGAUUUAUCUAAUGAUAAAAAUUUUCGGAAUCAGUUGGUUCUACGUUUAUCAUCGGUUGGUGGAAAGUCUAUUAAAUGUAUGGUAAAACGAAUUAUGACCUUGCUAUUUACACCUGACUUAUUAUGUAAAUUUUCCUAUAAUGGCCGCGGAAAUAAAAAACGUCCUUUCGAUAAGUUACUGGUCAAGAAUGUUAUAUUUGAAUCCGUUAAAACUAUAAAAAAAUUUGCUUUGUCUGACAAUGCAUCCAACGAAAUAGAACAAGUCAUAAAGUAUGUUCUUAUUCAGACUCCAUUUAAAAUAAAGAAUAAAACUAGUGAUUGAUUUUUUUAAAAAUUAUUUUUGGUUUUAAUGUUUAUACCUACAUCAUAUUAUCUUAUUAUAAUUAUUUUUAACUGCAGUUUCAUUCAAUUACAUUUUUACUGCUCCUUACUAAAUAUUAAAUAUAUGUAUAUAUAUAUAGGUAUACAUACACUAGUUUAAAAAUGUAAUUCUCAAUUUAAAGAUUUAUUGUUAUAUUAUAAUAAUUUACAUAAAUAUAUAAUUAUACAAGAUGUUUUAUAUUAAUUGUAUACAUAUUAUUACUACCAUUGUUCUUAAAUCUUUUCUUUUUACAAUAUCCAUUUAUAAUAUUUUAAC